UUUGCCCAUUGUGGCAAGAGUUUCGUUUUGGUUAUCAAGGCAAACAUUUUAUGCAACCCAAUUACAUUUUCAAACGCGUUUAUGGGAUAGAUUGUUCUUCAGUAAAACGCGUAUGGGGACCGCUGCAACUCUCCUCUCUGCGCACAGCAAACGGAUUGCCGCAAUGUUUACGCACAAAGCGGACGACGACAUUUGAAAAUCGACGUUAGACUUAUUCCGAAUUUGAAGACCUAAAGGAGGAAUGGAUUUACUCGGUGGGCGACUCAUGCAAAAGAGCAAUAAUGUAUAAAAUCCCUCUACAACUUUUGGAGGACAGGUGUGUAAAGGAUCGAAGUUGGCAUAUUGCACACCACUCAAAUAAACUAGUGUUAGGAUGGAUCCAUGCGUGUUUGUUGAUGCUCUUGGUUUGCGAAUUACCCGAACUUUCUUUGUGUGCAAGUCUGUCAGGAUCCAAAGUUGAACACGAAGGAUUUUGUCCUAACAAGCUGAAUUCAAAUCUCUGGGUUGAUGCGCAAAGCACCUGCGAGAGGGAAUGCAACGUCGACGAGGACUGUGCUGACUUUGAGAAAUGCUGCACCAACGUGUGUGGCCUCAACAGCUGUGUGGCUGCACGUUUCUCUGAUGGCACCCCUGCCCGGCCAGAUGGGCAGGGUGGAGGAGAAGGAAGUGAUGCCCCCGUCUCCACAGCUACCUGUGAGGGCUUUGUAUGCAGCCAGCAGGGAGCAACAUGUGACAUCUGGGAAGGACAGCCCAUCUGCAAGUGCCAGGACCGGUGUGAGAAAGAGCCCAACUUCACCUGCGCUUCAGAUGGCCUCACCUAUUUCAACCGCUGCUACAUGGAUGCGGAGGCCUGCAUCCAUGGGGUGACUUUAACUGUGGUCGCAUGCCGCUUCUACCUGGCAGGCCCCCACACCAGCCCACUGCCUCAGGGCACUACAGCUAACCCCACUCCGACAACCUCCCAGGAGGACCCCAUGCCACCCACACUAUACUCCAACCCUCAACACCAGUCCAUCUAUGUCGGAGGCACAGUCAGCUUCCACUGUGAUGUUAUUGGAGUCCCCAGACCUGAUGUAACAUGGGAGAAACAGAGUGAAAGGCGGGAAAGGCUGAUCAUGAGGCCUGACCAGAUGUAUGGCAAUGUGGUUAUCACCAACAUCGGCCAGCUUGUCAUUUACAACGCGCAGGUGUGGGAUACAGGUAUCUACACCUGCAUCGCACGGAAUCCUGCUGGAGUUCUUCAUGCAGACUACCCGCUGUCUGUCAUCCGCCGGGCUGAUGAUGAUUUCUCUGAAGAUCCUGAGAUGCCCAUGGGGCGGCCAUUCUCACCAGCGGACUGCCUGGCUGAAGUAGACCUGAGAGUGUGCAGUGGAGAGCGUCACGUGGACUGGUAUUAUGACAGCAAGCUGGGCUCCUGCAUGGCCUUCAGCAACGGUGGAUGUGAUGACAGCCGCAACCAAUUCCAGACUUACGAGGAGUGCAAGGCCUCCUGUCAGAGGGAGGAGAUGGGCAUCUGCUCCCUUCCUGCUGUCCAGGGCCCCUGCAAAGAUUGGGAGCCCCGUUGGGCCUGGAAUAACCUCAUGAAACAGUGUCAAGCUUUUGUGUACGGUGGCUGCCAUGGGAAUGCCAACAGCUUCGGCACCAAGAAGGAGUGUGAGGCAAACUGCCCACAGCCCAAAAGGAAACCUUGUAAGACCUGUCGCAUGAAGGGGAAAAUGGUGCCUAGCUUAUGCCGGAGUGACUUCGCUAUUGUGGGGCGACUGACAGAGCUGGUGGAGGAUUUGGACUCUGGGUUAGCCCGCUUUAGCUUGGAAGAGGUCCUGAGAGAUGAAAAGAUGGACUUGACUCUCUUUGAUACCAAGCACCUAGAGGUGACCAUCGCCAAGAUAGACUGGGGCUGUCCCUGUCCCAACAUCACCAUGGAGGAAAACCCUUUGCUGGUGAUGGGUGUGGUGCAGGACGGCAUGGCCAUCAUCCAAUCUGACAGUUAUGUCAGAGCCAUAACUGAACGCAGACUUAAGAAGCUACGUGAGGUUCUGGAUAAAAAGACCUGCCAGACACUACAGAAGUUCCAGGACUCAGCCCGCUGAGGGUCGGUGGUCACCUGUACCUUCAGCACUAAAGAUAAGCAUCAGAAUCGCAACAAGAAAAGCUAUAUUUAAUAACAACUCUUUAAGUCAAAAGACAAAAAUAUGUUAAAUACUGUAUCAUCAUGAAGUUAUGAGAGAUCAUUUAUAAUGUACAAUGUAUAUUCAUUACAACAAAAGUUGUACUACA